GUGGGCUGCGCGGGGAGCGGGUGGCGGGGGAGGGAGGAGGAUGCGGCCAGGGCCGCGGGGCCGCCUUCGCCUCUGAGCCGCGCCGAGCUCACGGAGCAGCCGCGUCGCUGCGGCCCGACCGCGCCAUGGGGAAGGAGCAGGAGCUGGUGCAGGCGGUGAAGGCGGAGGACGUGGGGACCGCGCAGAGGCUGCUGCAGAGGCCGCGGCCCGGGAAGGCCAAGCUCCUGGGCUCCACCAAGAAGAUCAAUGUCAACUUCCAGGACUCAGAUGGCUUCUCUGCCCUGCACCACGCGGCUCUGAACGGCAACACGGAGCUGAUCACCCUGCUGCUGGAGGCCCAGGCUGCCGUGGACAUCAAGGACAACAAAGGCAUGCGGCCACUGCACUAUGCGGCCUGGCAGGGCCGGAAGGAGCCCAUGAAGCUGGUGCUGAAGGCAGGCUCAGCCGUGAACGUCCCGUCCGACGAGGGCCACAUCCCCCUGCACCUGGCGGCCCAGCACGGUCACUAUGAUGUGUCAGAAAUGCUGCUCCAGCACCAGUCCAACCCAUGCAUGGUGGACAACUCAGGGAAGACGCCCCUGGACCUGGCCUGUGAGUUUGGCCGCGUUGGGGUGGUCCAGCUGCUCCUGAGUAGCAACAUGUGUGCAGCCUUGCUGGAGCCCCGGCCAGGGGACACCGCUGACCUCAAUGGCACCAGCCCCCUGCACCUGGCAGCCAAGAACGGCCACAUCGACAUCAUCAGGCUCCUCCUCCAAGCUGGCAUUGACAUUAACCGCCAGACCAAGUCUGGCACAGCCCUGCACGAGGCUGCGCUCUGUGGGAAGACAGAAGUGGUCCGGCUGCUGCUGGACAAUGGGAUCAAUGCCCAUGUGAGGAAUACCUACAGCCAGACAGCCCUGGACAUCGUGCACCAGUUCACCACGUCCCAGGCCAGCAAGGAGAUCAAGCAGCUGCUGCGAGAGGCCUCGGCGGCCCUGCAGGUCCGGGCGACCAAGGAUUACUGCAACAAUUACGACCUGACCAGCCUCAAUGUGAAAGCUGGGGACAUUAUCACAGUCCUAGAGCAGCAUCCAGACGGCCGGUGGAAGGGCUGUAUCCAUGACAACCGGACGGGCAACGAUCGGGUGGGCUACUUCCCGUCCUCCCUGGGCGAGGCCAUUGUCAAGCGAGCAGGCAAGUCCCACCCAGGAUCCCGAGCAGGUGCCGAACCAAGCCCACCCCAGGGAGGCGGCUCAUCAGGGCCCUCUGCGCCCCCCGAGGAGAUCUGGGUGCUGAGGAAGCCUUUUGCGGGCGGGGACCGCAGCGGCAGCUUGAGCAGUGUGGCCAGUGGCCGAAGCAGUGGGAGUCACACCCUGCACGCAGGCUCUGAAGGGGUCAAGCUCCUGGCGACAGUGCUUUCCCAGAAGUCUGUCUCUGAGCCUAGCCCUGGGGACAGCCCCGUCAAGCCUCCGGAAGGGUCUGCAGGUGCAGCCCGGUCCCAGCCUCCGGUGGCCCAGGCUGGGCAGGUCUAUGGCGAGCAGCCCCACAGGAAGCUGGAGCCAGCAUCGGAGGGCAAGAGCACAGAGGCUGUCACCCAGUGGCUCACCACGUUCCAGCUACAGCUGUAUGCUGCCAACUUCAUCAGCGCCGGCUAUGACCUGCCCACCAUCAGCCGUAUGACCCCUGAGGACCUCACAGCCAUCGGGGUCACCAAGCCAGGCCACCGGAAGAAGAUCACUGCAGAGAUCGGCAGCCUGAACAUCUCGGACUGGCUGCCUGAGCACAAGCCCGCUAACCUGGCCAUGUGGCUCUCCAUGAUUGGCCUGGCCCAGUACUACAAGGUGCUGGUGGACAAUGGCUACGAGAACAUCGACUUCAUCACCGACAUCACCUGGGAGGACCUGCAGGAGAUUGGCAUCACCAAGCUGGGACACCAGAAGAAGCUGAUGCUGGCAGUGAGGAAACUGGCAGAGUUGCAGAAGGCAGAAUAUGCCAAGUAUGAGGGAGGACCUCUGCGCCGGAAGGCACCCCAGUCGCUUGAAGUGAUGGCCAUCGAGUCGCCGCCCCCGCCUGAGCCUGCCCCGGUGGACUGCCAGUCUCCUAAGAUGACCACGUUCCAGGACAGUGAGCUCAGUGGCGAGCUUCAGGCUGCCAUGACUGGCCCUGCUGAGGGGGCUGCUGGGGCCGAGAAGCCCUCCAACCACCUGCCGCCCACUCCGAGGGCCUCCAUGCGGCAGGAGCCCAGUCUCGGUGGGCAGGCACGGCACAUGAGCGGCUCUCAGGAGCUGCUGGGCGAUGGGCCCCCCGGGCCUGGCAGCCCCAUGUCACAGAGCCAGGAGUACCUGCUGGAUGAGGGGCCCACCCCUGGCACCCCACCCAAGGAGACCCGGCCCAGCCGCCACAGCCACAGCGUCAAGAGGGCCAGUGUGCCUCCAGUGCCUGGCAAGCCACGGCAGGUCCUUCCACCAGGUGCCUGCCACUUCACCCCCCCCCAAACGCCCACCAAACCCCGGCCAGGCUCCCCCCAGACACUGGGGGCGCCUCAUGGUUCAGCCCCAGCCACAGCCAAGGUGAAGCCAACACCACAGCUGCUGCCGCCAGCAGAGCGACCCAUGUCACCCCGCUCACUGCCUCAGUCACCCACACACCGUGGCUUCGCCUAUGUGCUGCCCCAGCCCGUGGAGAGCGAGGCAGGGCCAGCCACUCCUGGGCCUGCCCCUGCAGCCACGCCCACACCUGUGCCCACACUGUGCCUGCCCCCCGAGGCUGAGGUGGAGCCGGGCCGGCCCAAGAAGCGUGCCCACAGCCUGAAUCGCUACGCAGCGUCAGACAGUGAACCAGAGAGGGACGAGCUGCUGGUGCCAGCUGCUGCGGGGCCCUAUGCCACAGUCCAGCGCCGUGUGGGCCGUAGCCACUCGGUGCGGGCAUCUGCCAGUGCUGACAAGAAUGUCAACCGCAGCCAGUCUUUUGCGGUGCGGCCCCGAAAGAAGGGGCCACCGCCACCCCCACCCAAGCGCUCUAGCUCAGCCAUGGCUAGUGCCAGCCUGGCCGAUGAGUCCGUGCCAGACGCUGAGGCCGAGGGGGCUGGGACCGAGGACGGCCGGCUGGGGGUCCGGGCACAGCGCCGGCGGGCUAGUGACCUGGCUGGCAGUGUGGACACAGGCAGUGCCGGCAGCGUGAAGAGCAUUGCAGCCAUGCUUGAGCUGUCAUCCAUUGGGGGUGGGGGCCGUGCGGCCCGCAGGCCUCCUGAGGGCCACCCCACACCUUGCCCUGCCAGCCCAGAGCCAGGCCGGGUGGCCACAGUGCUGGCCUCAGUGAAGCACAAGGAGGCCAUUGGGCCUGAUGGUGAAGUGGUGAACAGGCGCCGCACGCUCAGUGGGCCUGUCACGGGACUUCUGGCUGCUGCCCGCCGGGGUCCUGGGGAGCUGGGGGAACCUGCAGAUCAGAGCCACUUCGUGGAAGAUGGCACCACCCGGCAGCGGCCUCGAGGUCCAGUAAAGGGCGAGGCAAGUGGGGAAGGCCCACCCCUGGCCAGGGUGGAGGCCAGCGCCACACUCAAGAGGCGCAUUAGAGCCAAGCAGAGCCAGCAGGAGAAUGUCAAGUUCAUCCUGACUGAGUCUGACACGGUCAAGCGCAGGCCCAAGGCCAAGGAGCGCGAAGCGGGUCCCGAGCCUUCCCCGCCACUGUCCGUGUACCAGAACGACACAGGCACCGUGCGCCGCAGACCGACCUCUGAGCAGGCUGGGCCCCCUGAGCUGCCCCCACCUCCCCCACCCGCCGAGCCCCCGCCCUCCGACCUGAUGCACCUGCCCCCGUUGCCCCCACCUGACAGUGACGCUCGGAAGCCAGCCAAGCCUCCCGUCUCGCCCAAGCCUGUCCUGUCUCAGCCAGUGCCCAAGAUCCAGGGCUCUCCCACACCUGCCUCCAAGAAGGUGCCGCUGCCAGGUCCGGGCAGCCCAGAGGUGAAGCGCGCCCACGGCACACCUCCGCCCGUGUCGCCCAAGCCGCCGCCGCCGCCGACGGCGCCCAAGCCGGCCAAGGCCGCGGCGGGACUGCCGUCCGGCAGCGCCGGCCCGUCGCCCGCGCCCUCGCCUGCGCGCCAGCCGCCAGCCGCCCUCGCCAAGCCGGCCAGCACGCCGCCCUCGUCGAGCGCCAGUCCAGCCAAGCCCCCGUCCCCGGGCGCGCCCGCGUUGCACGCGCCCGCCAAGCCGCCGCGCGCCGCCGCCACCGGGUCCCCAGCCGCGCCCGACGGCGCCUCGCCGGGGGACAGCGCCCGGCAGAAGCUGGAGGAGACGAGCGCGUGCCUCGCUGCAGCGCUGCAGGCCGUGGAGGAGAAAAUCCGGCAGGAGGACGCCCAAGGCCCGCGCCUUCCGGCAGCGGAGGAGAAAAGCACCGGCAGCAUCCUGGAUGACAUCGGCAGCAUGUUCGACGACCUGGCCGACCAGCUGGACGCCAUGCUGGAGUGACCCGGCCGCCCACUCCGGGCCCGGCCGCGCCGCCCGGGCUUCCUCCGCACACUGACCUUUACCUCAGGGCGGGCACCUCGGGGCGCGGCGCAAGCGGCCGGGCGCAGGGGACAGCCCGCCAGGCGGGCGGGGGCGGGCCGUGCUGCCCAGCCCCUGCACAAGCACAACUCCCGCCCCCUAGGCCCGGGCGGCAAGUCCAGCCUGGAGGACUGUCUGGCAGGGGGACCCAAGGGCUCUGGGCAGAUGCUGCCCAGUGGGUACCCGUCCGUAUGCUGCUCCCUGUGCAAUAACUGCUGGGCCGCCCGCCUGCCACCGCCGGGCUCCGCUUGCUGUGGGUGUUGGGGGGCAGCGCCCAGUCCCCUGCCUUGAGUCCAGGCUGGGCCCACCCUGGGAGGCAGCGAGAGGGGUGCAGUUGCUGUAGCCCACUCCCCAAUCUGUGGCAGAGCACAGGCCUACGCCCAGCACAGAACUGCCCAUUGGGGGGACCUCUGCCAGAUGGUCCAGCAGCACAAGGGGCUGGGGUGGGGGUCGGGCCCCCUGCCUCACUGUACCCCAGAAUAUAAGCUACUGAGAGUAUUAAUUUAUUGGGAAUGAGCUGAGGCAGAUUUCCCCAGAGAAACAAAAAGGUAUAACUUUAACAAAUAUAUAUUUAAAGAAAGAAAAAAUAUUGAUUCUAUAAAAAAACAUUUACCAACUGCAAGGACAUGAGUCCAGCUUGAGACAAAAGCUGUUAGAGGCCCUGGCCAUCUGUCUGUCCUUCCCUCCCUUUGUCCAGGAGUGGUGGGAUCCCUGGCCCAGUAGCACAAACAGGAGGCUGGGGUCCCGGGAGGAGUCCAGGCUCCACCAGGGCCUCCCCUCCGCUCUCUCUCCUAACUUCUCUGCGUCGGAAGAACUUGAAGGAUGUGCCUUGCUCGCUGCUGGGCUGUGUCUCCCUCACUUGGGAGACAACGGGGAGGCUCCCUCUUCUCCCAGGGGGUGCCAGUGUGAGGGUGCGCCGGGCUUUGAGGGAGCCGUGCACCCAGCAUGGUGAAUGUGGGCACGCCUGCUGGUGACUGCAGUGGGCGCAGGUAUGCAUGCCAGGCAGUGUGUGGUGCGAGGGAGGGUGUGCCUGACCCUCCCUGCGGCCACACAGCCCUGGGCAGGCAGCCAACCCAUCCCCACCUUAGUUCCCACGGACGCUUCUGCUCGUGGUCCAAGGCUGUGUUGUGUGGUUGUUCUCACCCCCUUCUUCUUCCUCUCCCAUCCUCCAAAAACUACUGGCUGGCCUCCUCUGUUGUGUUUGCUGAUCCACAUGUGUUGGGCAAAACUUUGACAUUUCUUAAAAAAAAUCUGAAAAUGCUAAAUACCAGUGAUUGUGAUGUGGGCAGGUGGAGUGAGUCGGCCAAGGUGGUGACGGUGUGUGAGGCCUAUUCCAGCUGUCACACCCUGGUGGAUCCCAAAUGGACGCACCUGGCCAUCUGUCUGGCCCCUCAGCAGGUGGGGAUGGGGGCCAGGCUGGAAGCUGCUGUUGGCUGUCAAUAAACAGCAGAAAACGGA